CCAAACCCUUUUUGCUUUUUAAAAAAACAGAACACUUGUUGAAAAAUUAUUUUAUAUAAAUGAUACUAUCAUGUAAUUGUUCUACACGAAAAUUUGGGCCCCAUCAGAAUGCUUGUCCGCACGAUGUCUAAACAAAAUUUCAGGUCCCUUACACAUGAAAGAGUAUGUUUGCCAUUAGCCUUGAACAAUAGGCUGGCAUGCUAUGGCGCAUCGCAAGCAACCCCCGAGCUUUUGCUAUUCACGUACGGAUCCCUCUCCCAGAUUUGACUCGUUGGAUAUCGCAUGUAACAAGAAACUGUGUGGGGUGAUUCUUCUUCUCCUGGGGGUUUCAAACUUGCAACAAAUCGAACCUCGGAAACCAAAAGUGCCCUGUUAUUUUAUCUUCGGAGACUCUUUGGUUGAUCCUGGAAAUAAUAAUGAGCUUUCUACUUCAGCUAAAUCCAAUUACCCACCCUAUGGAAUUGACUUUCCUCAUGGAUCCACUGGAAGGUUUUCCAAUGGUCGAACUGCUCCAGAUUUUUUUGCUCAAUAUUUGGGUUUUGAGAAUAUCAUUCCUCCCUUUACUACUGCUAAGGGCGAGGAGAUACUCCAAGGUGUCAAUUAUGCAUCCGGCUCAGCAGGAAUUCGUGAUGAAACUGGGACAAAAUUGGGCAUUAACAUUGGCUUAAACAAGCAGUUAGAGAACUACAAUAUCACAAUCUCAUUCAUUGUUAGCAUACUCAAAGCUAAAGACUCGGCAACCAAGUACCUGAACCAGUACUUAUAUUCAGUCGGAAUGGGAAGCAAUGAUUACAUUAACAAUUACUUCAAGCCUGGUUAUUCCACUAGCACAAAAUUUAUCCCGGAGCAAUACGCCACAAUUCUUAUUGAGCAAUAUUCUCAGCAGUUAACGACUUUGUAUAGUUCAGGAGCAAGGAAGGUGGCCUUGGGUGGACUGGGACCGAUGGGGUGCACCCCAGAUGCAGUAGCUUCUCAUGAAACAUAUGGCAAAUUAUGUGUGGAGGAAAUGAACAACGCCGUCCGAAUUUUCAAUGACAAGCUCAAGCAACUCGUUGAUGAGCUUCAUGAAAAAUUCAAGGAUGCAAAGUUUAUCUUUUUGGAUAACUUUGGGGGGUUGAUUAAACAUAUUUCUAUAUUAGGUACUAACUAUAAAAUCACUGGAUGCUGUGAGGUCGUCAAGGAAACUGGUCAAUGUGUCCCCAACACAGCUCCAUGUAGGAACAGUAAUUUAUUCAUUUUCUUUGAUUCUUUUCAUCCUUCCGAAGCUGCGAACCCUGUAACUGCAACAAGCCAAAUUACUUCUCUCCACGGUCUUUUUGACACAAAUGGUUUUGGGUAUUCCUGACCUGAUACCCUGAUUACUCACCAGUAGGCAAGGAGCUGUUGCUUUCUUCCCAAAACUGUGAUGAAAUCAUUGCUGCUUUUGUAUUUCGUUUUUCCAUUUUGACUAAUGGUACAUAUGAUGAAGAACCUUAAGGGCGUAACUCCCUAACGAGCAAUAUGAAGUGAAUUACGGUUCAUUUUCAUUGGUUCAA